AUGACGACUCGAUACCAAAAACUUGCUUCUCAUGAAGAAGAUGAGGACUUUGUUGCUAGUAGUAGUAGUACUAAUAACAACAAUUCAACACAGCCAUCGCAACAACGUUCUGCACAAACACAACAAUUAAACGACUUACAAGAUACCUUUGGAGAAACAUUUGAUGAAGAAGACGAAGAGCAUUCAGCUGUGACCGAUAGACUGCUUCACAGCAAUAAUGAUAACAACAACAAUAAUAACAAUAGCCAUAUAUCAAUACCAGUGCCACAAUCUUCUUCUUCAUCACAUCAUACAAGUGGCCCAGCCAUAUUACCCGUAUCAACAGAUGGUGUCUUUUCCAAUAUCUCAGCCAAACCAGAAUCUGAUAGUAAAAAGUUAGAAGAAACACCUCCUACGUAUGAAGAGGCAGCAGCAGAUGCAACACCACCUUAUUGGCAAACAACAAUCAUUGCACCAGCCGGGAUGGGUGAUAUUGUGCUAGUAGAAGGGAUGCCAGUAGGAAAUAUAUUUGCUUUCUUCUGGAACUUGUUGAUAUCCGCAAGCUUUCAAUUUGUUGGAUUCAUGCUCACUUAUCUAUUACACACAUCUCAUGCAUCCAAGCAAGGAUCACGGGCAGGUCUUGGCGUCUCACUUGUUCAAACAGGAUUUUAUAUUCGAAGUCGAGGCACAUUAGAAGAUGAUGACUAUUACUAUAGUAGUAAUGGUGAAUCCCAAGACAAAAAUAACGAGAACCAGCUUGAUGGUAUGGAUGCAGAUAUCAUUGCAUACUUGCUUAUGAUCAUUGGCUGGUUUAUCAUUAUACGUUCAAUAGCAGAUUAUUUUAGAGCAAAGCAAAUGGAAAAGAUUAUUCGUUCUGAACCAAACCCUGAAGCUAUUGUGUAA